AUGCACCGCUGCCUCCCGCUGCUGGUGCUGCUGGCCUUGGCCCAGCGCCGUGCCUGCCUGCCCGGGCCGGAGGAAGAGGGGGCCCCGCCGGCCCUGGAGCCAGCCUGCCGCGGACAGCCCUGCAAGAACAACGGCACCUGCCUGCCGGCCCUGGCCCGCCUGCCCGCCGCCGCUGCCCUCCCGCGACGCCUCCCGCUCCUCUUCCUCCAGCCCCAGCCCGCCUUCACCUGCGCAUGCCCCCCGGGCUUCUCCGGCCCCCAGUGCCAGUUUGUUUCAGAUCCAUGUGCGAGCAAUCCUUGUCACCAUGGCAACUGCAGUAGUAACAGCGAUGGCUAUCUCUGCAUUUGUAACGAAGGCUAUGAAGGUAUAAAUUGUGAACACUCUUUUUAUAGUCCGCCGGUGUCUGGGUGGACAGAGUCAGAGGCACUAAGCCAAAGCAGCCCAGUACCAACCACCGUGGAGCCUGACAUUGUCCUACCAAGAUCUCAUCCAACUGUUACGCUGCCUACAUGGGAGCCAAAAGAAGGUCAGAAAGUUGUGGAUCUAAAAUGGGAUGAAGUGGAGAUUAUUCCUGACGUGGCCUGUGGAAAUGCCAGCUCCAAUAAUACUGGUGGGGGUCGCCUUAUCUCUUUUGAAGUUCCACAAAAUACAUCAAUAAAUAUCAGGCAAGAUGCCACUGCUUCUCUUAUCUUGCUAUGGAAAGUGACAACAGACAGAUUUAAACAGUGCUCACUUAUAGAUGCCACAAGUGUUACUCUUCUCCAAGCAAUGGGUGGACUUGUCCUGACGGAGGAGAUGCUUACGUUAGGAAACAACUAUUUCAUUGGUUUUGUGAAUGAUUCCAUUGCCAAAUGCAUUGUGGCUUUACGCUUGACGGUAAUAGUAAAAGUCAGCACGUGUUUGCCCGGGGGAACUGAAUCAGAUGACCUUCAAUGUUCAGGGAAAGGAAAAUGCAUCACAAAACCAUCUGAGGCAACAUUUUUCUGUGAUUGUGAAGAUCAGUAUUUGGGUGGUCUCUGUGAAGAAUUCAAUGCCUGUCAAAGCAACACAUGUCAGAACAAUGGAACCUGCUUGGAUGUGUUAGAAAAACACGAUGGAAGCCACUUCACCUGCACUUGCCUCUCUGGAUAUACUGGAGAAUUGUGUCAAUCAGAAAUUGACUACUGCAAUCAACAGCCAUGUCAAAAUGGAGGUACCUGCCACUCCAGCAUCAAUGGAUUCAGUUGCCAGUGUCCAGAAGGAUUCUUGGGCCAAUCUUGUGAAGAAAAGGUGGACCACUGUGCUUCAUUUCCAUGCCAGAACAAUGGGACCUGUUAUGCAGAUCGGCUUUCCUAUUCUUGCAGCUGUAGUCCUGGAUUCACUGGACCGACUUGUGCCCAAAUGAUUGACUUCUGUGCUCUGAAUCCUUGUGCCCAUGGCAUUUGUCGCAGUGUUGGAACAAGUUACAAAUGCCUUUGUAUCCCAGGAUAUCAUGGACUUUAUUGUGAGGAGGAAUACAAUGAAUGCCUUUCAGCCCCUUGCCAGAAUGGUGCCACCUGCAGGGAUCUGAUCAAUAACUAUGACUGUGCAUGUCCUCCCGAAUAUGAAGGAAGGCACUGUGAAUUGUACAAAGAUCCAUGUGUCAACAUCACCUGCCAGAAUGGAGGAACUUGUGACAGUGAAGGACUGAAUGCCACGUGCCUCUGUGCACCUGGAUUUACGGGUGAGGAAUGUGACAUCAAUAUAAAUGACUGUGAGAGUAAUCCUUGUCAUCAUGGUGGAAUGUGUAUAGACCAGCCCAAUGGCUAUACCUGUCAUUGCCCACAUGGAUGGGUUGGAGCAAACUGUGAGAUCCAUCUACAGUGGAAGUCUGGACACAUGGCUGAGAGCCUGACGAACAUGCCACGCCAUUCCCUCUACAUCAUAAUUGGAGCCCUGUGUGUGGCAUUUGUCCUAAUGUUGAUCAUUCUAAUUGUGGGCAUCUGUCGCAUCAGCCGCAUUGAGUAUCAGGGCUCCUCUAGACCGGCAUAUGAGGAAUUCUACAACUGCAGGAGCAUUGACAGUGAAUUCAGCAGUGCCAUUGCCUCCAUUCGACAUGCCAGGUUUGGAAAGAAAUCUCGGCCUGCAAUGUAUGAUGCAACUCCAAUUGCUUAUGAAGACUACAGUCCUGAUGACAAACCUUUGGUCACACUGAUUAAAACAAAAGAUUUGUAAUCUACUCCAGGGUUUUGUGGGUAUUAUUUUUCAAGAGGAUGGGCUACUGAAUUAAUUCAAAUAUUUUUAAGAUGAAGAAAGUGUAAGAAAUUUAAAAAUGUUUAGCUGCUUCAAAAUUUUCUGUAGAUUAUUUAAGAACAGGUUUUCUGCAGCUUUUAGUUUGGGGAAAAUAUUUUAAAACUGAAGUUCACAAUUUACCUUUUAAUGUAGUUUCAGCUUUAGAAACUCUAAUCUUAACAAUAGUGUGUGCUUCUACCAAGCUCAGAAGUUGAACCUGUGUGGUUGUUACAGAUGGAAUAUGAUAUGUUAAGCAAUGUCAAGUUUCUCUUCAACAUAACAGUGCCAGCAUUCUCAGUAGAGUUAGGAAAAAAUGUAAAACUUGAUAUAUCCAUUACUGAAAAAUGAAGUCUGAGAUGUUUGUGUUUGUGAAAAGGAAUCUAGUAAAAAUUAUUACUCUUAAACUGAAUGAAUUAGCUUUCUCCCUCUUUUGUGCAUGGAUACUUAACCUAUUUCUGCAUUUUGUUCCUGAAUCUUGCUGAACAUACUCUUGAGUUGAUGUUUGUCAUUUUUGUAAUAGUAAUCAAGGUAGGCUUUGUAAAAAUGACACACAAUUGAAGUGCCUAUUCAGGCAAACAAAGGAUCUGAUCUUGCUGCUUUUGAAAUGAGUGGAUGGUGUGCUGUCCUCUGAUUUAAUGUUGCUCAGGAUCAGGUCUUUAUAUUGGAACUAUAUUUUUCUUUAAAAGGUCAAAGUUUUUUAUAGUGUGAGUAAACAAAACUUAUAAUUUGAACAGUUUGUCUCUCAAAUCUUGUUAAUGUACAGUAUUAUUUUGUUUCAAUAUUGUGUAUUUCUCAUAGUGCACCAUAUUUAUGUGUGUGUGGGUUUUUGUGGCUCUACUUGAUUGUUUAUGUGCUUCAAAAUUCUUGCUUAUUUGAAAAAAAUAUUGAAUAAAUGUGAUCAGUUCAAGGUG